UUUUCUUCCUUACAAGUGUCGAAUGCAACUCAUAAAGCCAUCGAGUUGCUUGGGUUUAAGCAGAUGACAGAGGUGCAAGCGAGAUCGAUUCCACCUGCCAUGACCGGCAGGGAUAUUCUUGGUGCUGCCAAGACUGGAUCGGGUAAAACGCUGGCGUUCUUGAUUCCUGCCAUUGAACUGCUGCACAAGUUACAAUUCAAGCCUCGCAAUGGUUGCGGUGUGUUGAUUAUUUCACCCACUCGUGAGCUGGCCCUCCAGAUCUUUGGGGUUGCCAAAGAGCUUUUUGAGCAUCAUAGCCAGACCUUUGGUAUCUUGAUGGGUGGUGCUAAUCGUAAGGCAGAGGCAGAGAAACUAGGCAAGGGCGUCAAUCUCAUUGUUGCUACUCCUGGUCGUUUGCUUGAUCACCUUCAGAAUACAAAGAGUUUUAUUUUCAAGAAUUUGAAGAUGCUCAUUAUCGAUGAAGCCGAUCGUAUUCUAGAGGUUGGUUUCGAAGAGGAAAUGCACAAAAUUAUUGGUCUAUUGCCAACCGAACGACAAACCAUGUUGUUUUCUGCCACACAAACCACAAAAGUGGAAGAUCUUGCCCGAGUCUCGUUGAAAAAAGCACCGCUAUACAUUAAUGUCGAUGAGCACAAGGAUAUGGCAACAAAUGAGGGUUUAGAGCAAGGCUAUGUUAUUUGUCCUUCUGAGCAGCGAUUUCUACUUUUGUUCACGUUUUUGAAGAAAAAUUUGAAGAAAAAGAUUAUUGUUUUUUUUUCAUCUUGCAAUUCUGUAAAGUACCAUGCCGAGUUGCUCAAUUUUAUUGAUAUCCCAGUUCUUGAUCUUCAUGGCAAACAAAAGCAACAGAAGCGAACAAGCACAUUUUUUGAGUUUGUAAAUGCCGAGUCUGGUGUUUUGUUGUGCACGGAUGUGGCAGCUCGUGGUUUAGAUAUCCCAGCAGUUGAUUGGAUUCUACAGUUUGAUCCACCAGAUGAUCCAAGAGAAUAUAUUCAUAGAGUAGGUCGAACAGCACGAGCAGGCGGACGAGGAAAAGCACUCUUGUUUCUACUUCCUACGGAGCUUGGGUUCCUACGGUACUUGAAGCAUGCCAAAGUGCCAUUGAACGAAUACCAGUUCCCCCCAAACAAAAUAGCAAAUGUGCAAGGUCAACUUGAGCGACUAAUCGAAAAGAACUACUAUCUUAAUCGAUCAGCCAAGGAUGGAUAUAGAUCCUACUUGCAAGCAUAUGCAUCACAUUCACUCAAAAAGAUUUUUGAUGUUGGGGUGUUGGAUUUGCAACGGGUAGCAAAAGCAUAUGGGUUUACAGUUCCACCAUCAGUGAAUCUUACAAUGGGGGCAUCGGGAAAGACUGACCGUAGGCAACAGAACAAGAAACAGGCGCGCCGUGGCAUGUAUGGGUCCAAAGUUGGUGACAAAAGUAGUGAUGGUCGGCAGUUUAGUCACUAGCUGUGUAUAGCCGUAUUCACAUAAACUGGACCACUAAAUAAAAAUGCUAUACAUAAUAAACGGCCAAUCUCAUG